UAGACUGUAAAAAAAUUUAAAAAUACCAGAUAUAUAAAAAAUUUAAAUGAAUAAAUUAAAUUUCUCAAUUAUAUUUAAAUUUAAUAAUCAUAAAUUAUUGUGGGCGUAUGUGUGGGAUUUUAUUGCAACGCAAAUCGAUGAUAUUUAAAAUUUUUUAAAAAAACUUUAGUUAUUUGUUGAUUGAACAAACAAAUACAUGAAAUAUUAUUUGAUAAAUAUUUAUGAUAAAACAAGCAUAAAUAUGAUUUUUAAAUUAACAAUAUUAUUGUUAAUGAAUUAUUAUAUUUGUGAUGCAAAAUAUACCAGGAUAAGUAGUAAACCAUCAGAUAUUGUAUUUCAAUAUCGUGAUGGUGCACCAGGAGAAAAAUCACUUGAUGAGUGUAAAAAAAAUGAAGCAUGUAGUGUUAUUUAUAAAAGAUUUUGGAUGCCAAAUUUAUCACAAAGACUUUGUCGUUGUUAUGAUGGUAUUGAGUGUCCUUGGUCAACAAAAAAUGAUAAUCAAUCAAUGUCACUCAAUAAUAGAUCACUUUUAAAGUUUUGUGAGCCAAUAAAUCAUAAAAAAACAUGUAAAUCUCAUCAAAUAGCAGCAAUAGUUAAUGGUAUAAUUGAUGAUGAGCAAACUAAUAUAAUUGUUGAAAGUGUUAAAAUUGAUUGUUCAUGUCCAAAGAGUCAUUAUUGGAAAAUAUCUGAAUACAGUUAUAUUGAUAAUAAGCUUUAUCAAGUAUUUAAAUGUGCAAAGCAAAGAAAAUGUUUGAGCUAUGAAUUUUGUGGUUUUGUUAGAGCUGAUUUUUAUUCAAUUUAUUAUCGUUGUUUAUGUCCAGCUGGGAAUAUUUGUAUAACAAAAUAUGAAAAAUCAGAAAAUAUACAAGAAUUAAUGUACUUGGGAGAGGGUUACGAGGCAUUUUGUGAACCUUGGAAUUCAACAAGUAUAUUUGAUUAGCAGAAAUGAAUGAAUAAGCUUAAAAUGUCUUACU